AUGAGGCUGAUUUGCUGCCUUACGUCUCUCUGUGUCCUCUGGGCUGCUCGGGGAGCAUCUGCAGAAAGUGCACGCGACACAACACAGAUCUCAUGGAGCUCAAAACAGCCUGAAGACGCUAGUCACCAUCCUAAGAACCCGACAAGUAUCUUCAUCGACCAUUUCUCCGCUUCUCGCUCUGGCACAGACACGUACCUCCAAACACAAAUAGCUGCUCUGUACUCAAAUUUCAGUGUCGUGACGACUGAUGACAUCUAUUUUGACAUCUUCCGCUUUGCUGCCGGGGAUCCAGCGUCGAUUGCAGUCCGCGAGAUAGAUGAUGUGGAGCCCAUCAAGAGGACAGUGUUCGUGAAGCCAUCGCGAAGGAGGGAAGGAGAAGGAACAGUCGUAGAGAGAAGCGUGUUUGGAGGGUGGGAAGUUGCAGAGAAGAACAAGGAAUUCAAAGUGAUCACAGCAACGUGGGCGGAAGCAUAUCGUCAAGUCACCCAAUGGCACAUCAUCACCGACGAACCGGAUGCUGCUCGCCAAUUUAUACGUUCUUGUGCCAACUACUGCUCAUCCUUUAGAGACGUUGUAUGGGUAUUCGAGCAAGGAUCAUGGCGCCCAGAUAGAGUUUUAUGGGAAUCGGUGCAAAAAGCUUCAUGGGAGGAUGUCGUGCUUGAGGAUCGUUUUAAAACCGCCCUUCAAUCCGACUACCGCUCUUUCCUCAAGUCUGAGAAGAUUUAUAAAGAUCUUGGUGUUCCCUGGAAAAGAGGGUUGAUCUUUUUGGGGCCUCCAGGUAAUGGCAAGACAAUCAGUCUGAAAGCACUCAUGAAAGAAGUGAACGUUCCAAGCCUUUAUGUCAAAUCAUUCCAUUCAUGGGCAGGUGACGAGAAAGGAAUCCGUGAUAUAUUCAGUCGCGCUCGAGCGGAGGCACCUUGCGUACUGGUGCUCGAGGACCUCGACUCUUUGAUCACAGACCAAAACAGAUCGUUCUUCUUGAAUGAAGUUGAUGGACUGGAAGAUAACGACGGACUUCUCUUGAUCGGUACUACCAACCACUUUGACCGACUUGAUCCUGCUUUGUCGAGUCGACCCUCCAGAUUUGAUCGAAAAUACACCUUCCCCGAUCCAUCUCGAGCGCAACGUCGAGACUAUGCUAAAUGGUGGCAGGACAACCUUCGAAGCAACAAGAAGAUAGACUUCCCUGAUUCAUUGCUGGACGAGUUCGCCGAUAAGACUGGCAAUUUCUCUUUCGCCUACAUGAAGGAAGCAUUCGUUUCAACCUUGUUGACCAUUGCUGGUCGUAACGAGAACGACCCCAAGAAGCUGGAUUUCCCAGCUUUGCUACUGGAUCAAGUGCAUCACAUACGUCACGAAUUCGAGACUACUGAUGCUAUGUCUUCGUCCUCCUCCUCAGCUAACACAGCACGGACUUGGCAAAAUGAUGGCGUGACAGGAUAUGGCUGGGAUACGAUGCAAUGGGGCACAGAAAGUAUGAUAUUCCAGAUCCCUUGGACUGAAUAG